AUGGGCUACCCCGAUACUUUUGAAGGCUUCUGCGUCGACAGCCCCAAGUCAUGGAACAAGUUCCAAAAACAAACCCUCACCCCCAAAACAUGGGGCGAUCGUGAUAUCGAUGUCGAAAUUGAAGCCUGCGGUGUCUGCGGUUCAGACGUCCACACCGUCACAGGCGGCUGGGGCGACUUUGAAGGUCCUCUCUGCGUCGGUCAUGAAGUCGUCGGCAAAGCUGUUCGUGUCGGCGACAACGUCAAGGACAUUAAAGUCGGAGACCGCGUUGGCGUCGGUGCCCAAGUCGCUUCGUGUUUAGAGUGCAAGCCCUGCAAGAACAAGAACGAGAAUUACUGUCCUGAUAUGGUGGACACUUAUAACUGCACGUAUCCCGAUGGAAGUGUUGCGCAUGGUGGUUUUGCAUCGCAUAUCCGUGCUCACGAGUACUUCACCUUCAAGAUCCCCGACGCCCUCAAGUCUGAGCAGGUCGCACCUCUUCUGUGUGCAGGUAUCACCACUUAUUCUCCUCUCGUGAGGGCAAAUAUCGGUCCUGGAAAGACUGUUGCCAUCGUUGGUAUCGGCGGUCUCGGACACAUGGGUAUCCAAUGGGCAAAGGCACUCGGCGCUGAGGUCUACGCCAUGACACACUCCCCCUCAAAGGUGGAGGAUGCAAAGAAGCUCGGCGCAAAGGAAGUUAUCCUCACAACGGAUGAGAACUGGGCCGACAAGUACAAGUUCACGUUCGACUUUAUCCUCAACUGCGCCGACAUGACACACAAGUUCGAUAUGAACGCUUACAUGUCCACGCUCAACAUUGGAGGCGAGUUUCACAAUUGUGGCAUUCCUGAUGAGCCGCUUCCUCAGGUGACUGCCGGUACAUUUGCUGGAAACGCUGGCAAGAUCACGGGAAGCCAUCUUGGUAACCACCAGGAGAUGGACGCUAUGCUCAAGCUGGCCGCUGAGAAGAACAUUGUUGCUUGGGUCGAGACGAUUGAUAUCUCGGAGAAGGGAUGUGCUGAGGCUGUUGAGCGUGUGAAGGAGAACAAGGUGCAUUAUAGAUUUACCUUGACUGGGUUUGAGAAGGUUUUCAAGAAGGACUAA